GGAUUCCGCGUUAGUUCAGAAUUUUAUUUUGAGCAUUUUCGUGGAAAACUUAGUAAAUCCUUUAGAGUUUUUCUUUACAAACUGAUUGCGUAAGCCAACAGAUUGUGGAUGUGUAAAUUUCCUACCCAGGAAAGUGGUUAUUUUUGAGUGAAAACUGUGAAGCAAUUUUCUAACCUCAAAAGUAUUUCACAAUAUUGUUGUUGUGGAAAUAUCCCUGAAAAUACAGCAGAAAAUGGAUGAGAGCUUCACUGGAGGUGGAUUUUCGACGACUCAGGGAGGAAGCGGCACUGCUUCAGCAGAGAGCAAAGAGGGGGUUGCUCCCCUGGUCAUCAAACAGAUUCUUCAGCUGGGAGAUGAUGGAAUCAAGAUCUUUGGUUUUUCAUAUGGCGUCAUAUCUCUUGUGGCCAUUGUGAGGAGCGUGGAGCAUACAUCUACCCGAAUUAUGUAUAAACUUGAGGAUCACACGGGAUCAAUAGAUGCCCUUUUGUGGCUGGAGGAUGGAAAGACAGAAACCAAGGAGCCAAUUGAAAUGAACACAUAUGUACAGGUGUAUGGAAUGGCCAGGAGUCACAAUGGCUCCAAGGUUAUCAUGCUCUUCAAGAUUAUGCCAAUCAAAAAUGCAAAUGCAAUUACUACGCAUCUCUUGGAAGUGAUGCAUGCAAGGUUCCAGGCAGAACAGUUUCUCAGGAUGAUUCAGAAUGGAGCUGACACUACUUCCUCCACAAAGGACUUCAUGGAUGUUGACACAUCAUCUUCGAACUUGGCAAAUGGUCUCAAAGGAAAGCAACUACUUGUCUAUCAGGCCAUCAAGAACCAUGGUACAGACGAAGGCAUCAGUCUGCAGCAGAUUCAUCAAAAAUUCAAGCACAUUCCCCUCCCGGAGAUCCGUCAAAUCACUGAAGCGAUGUCUCUUGAGGGACACAUCUACUCGAGCAUCGAUACUGAGCAUUUUCUCCCAACUGAAUAAUCUCAUUCUUGUGUGAUUUACAUGUCAGCUUAAUAAUCUAAGUUUUUUUUGCAUUUUUUAAAAUUAUUUCUUUGUACGGUAUCGAUUUUGUAGAAUGAAAAUAAUCGUUUUAGGAUCUUUAACUUUUUUCUUGAUACGAUUUUAUAUUUGAAUUACGCCCCCAAUGAAAUCAAACAGUGAAUUAAAUGCGUAAAUUAUAAUAUGCUUUUUCUUACUUUAAUAAAGAGAAAUGUAAAGAUA